AUGGACAAUUCUAUCCAUGUGCAGUUGUACAUUUGUUCUUGUACCAACAACAGACCCAAUGAUGACACAGGGAUGUGGAUUGUACAACCAGAGUUUAAUAUAGAUGGGUCACACAAGGCCACUGUUAUCCACUUUGAUACUAUUGUGCAUGCUGCACAUCUUAUUGCCAUCUAUGGAAGAGACUUUUUACCAAAGCAUCUUUCACCUGCACAAUCCCUUGAUAUAUUUCAAGCUUACUGUGUUAACAAGUAUAUUGAUCACCACAGUGUGAGGAUCGUCCUCACUGUAGGCCUGUAUCACCAACUAUUCCCAUGCUAG